UGCGUGUGUGUGUGUAGGGGUGGGGGGUGGCGUAGCUGGCGGCUGGGCUCUGUAAGAUGGCAGUGAGCACGAAAACAUACUGAUGUGAUAAAUAUUGCAUUGGCUUUGGUGAGGGUCCCUACAGCUUUAACACGCGCAGAAUAUGCAGGAGGUGGGAGAGGCUAGGCGCGCCCCCGCUGGCCUCGGGAGCGCGCUCUGACUGAAGCCUGCAGCCAGCCGAAAGACUGAGAGACAAGGCGGCCGCCGUCAUAGCAGCAACAGAUGCAGGGAGACCUUCUCCGUCGGCGUCCGCACUUCGCAACUCAGCAUCUAGUUAGGGGUCCGAGUCCCCGGGGAAGCUGCGCCCCGUCGCUCCCCAACGGCAGGGAGAGCUUGGGGACCUGAACGGGAAAGGAGACACGAUGGCGGCGUCUCUGCGGAGUCUGUGGCUGGUGUGGGCGCUGCUGGGGGCCGCCCAGGGCUGCACGGAACCCUGCGCCUGCGUGGACAAGUACGCGCACCAGUUCGCCGACUGCGCGUACAAAGACCUGCAGGAGGUGCCCUCGGGGCUCCCCGCCAAUGUGACCACGCUGAGCUUGUCUGCCAACAAGAUCACCUCCUUGCGUCAGGGAGCCUUCGCCGAAGUCACCCAGGUCACUUCUCUGUGGCUGGCCCACAACGAGAUCAGCGCCAUCGAGCCGGGGGCCCUGGCGGUUCUGGUGCAGCUCAAGAACCUGGACAUCAGCCACAACCAGAUCGUCGACUUCCCCUGGGCAGACCUGCGCAACUUGAGCGCCCUGCAGCUGCUCAAGAUGAACAACAACCGCAUGGCGGCGCUGCCGGCCGACGCCUUCCGCAACCUGCGCGACUUGCGCUCUCUGCGCAUCAACAACAACCACUUCAGCUUCAUUGCCGAGGGCACCUUCGACGCGCUCACCUCGCUGUCGCACCUGCAGAUCUACAACAACCCGUUCGACUGCACCUGCCGCCUUCUGUGGCUCAAGGCGUGGGCGGAGAACACGCUCAUCUCCAUUCCCGAGCGGGAGUCCAUCACUUGCGCCUCGCCUCCGGCCCUCAAGGGCGUCCCCCUGGGCAGCCUCCCGGCGCUUCAGUGCGCGCCGCCCACGGUGCGCCUCAGUUACCAGCCCAACGUGGACGGAGCCGAGCUCCAGGAUGGCCUGGCCCUGGCCCUGCACUGCCUCGUCACCGGCCACCCCUCGCCCCAGAUCCAGUGGCGGAUCGAGACCGCGGGCGGCGCGCUGCUUAUCCAGAGGCCCAACGCCAGCGACGCCGCGGAGGAGGCGCCCCCGCUCUCUCCACAGCGCUUCCUAGCCUUCGCCAAUGGUACCUUGCUUAUCCCUCACCUGAGCAAGAAGGAAGAGGGCACUUACACGUGCCGGGCGGACAACGAGCUGGGCAGCAACGAGACGUCGGUGAGCGUGGCUGUGGCCGGGCCGCAGAAAUACCCGCCGGCCUCCCCCAGGGGCGAGCUCCCGGGGCUGGGUGGUAAAGGCUCCGGAGGAGAUCGCAAAGCGUCUGGCAAGGGAUAUGGCAAUAGCGUCCUGACCUCCAAGGGCGAAGAGAGGACCAAAGGCCGGGGCCCCUGGGGAGGGCCGGGCAGGGCGUCGGCUGCACGGACUCCAGGAGUCCCGGAGGACGUGGAGGUAGAGGCGGAGGCAGAAGAAGAAGACCCUUUUCGGGCCCCGCCAUUUGAGCGGCGCUGCGGCCAGGGGGACCCGACGAUGUAUGUAUCUAACCACGCCUUUAACCAGAGCAGCGACCUCAAACCCCACGCCUUCGACUUGGGCGUGAUCGCACUGGACGUGUCCGAGCGGGAGGCUAAGGUACAGCUGACCCCGUUCGCGGCCAGGCCGGAGAAGCGACACCUGCGAAUGCUCUACCUGUGCGCUGAGGGCGGCCACGCUGUGGUGCAAUGGUCGCGGAUCGAGGAGGGCGUCAAUUCCUAUUGGUUCCAAGGCCUGAAGCCGGGCACCAACUACUCGGUGUGCCUCACUUACGUGGGCGAGGCCUGCCAGGUGCAAGUCGUGUUCACCACCAAGAAAGAAGUGCCCUCCCUGGUCAUCAUCGUGGUGGUCAGCGUCUUCCUUCUGGCGCUGGCCACCGUGCCUCUGCUCGGGGCCACGUGCUGCCAUCUUCUCUCCAAGUACCAGGGCAAGACCUAUAGACUCAUCAUGAAGGCGCAGAAUCCCGACCAGAUGGAGAAGCACAUCGCUGCCGACUUCGAUCCCCGUGCUUCCUACCUGGAGUCUGAGAAGAAUUACAGCCCCACAGACUCCGGGACCGGGGUGGGAGAGGAGACCGGACCUGGGAGCAGAGUUAGAACGAGGGUAGGGGAGGAGGAAGAGGAUGAGCAGGAGGAGGAAGAGGUGGGCGCAGGACUGGAGAGGGACGAGAGCCUAGUGGCCGGUUCCCUUCCGGAGUCCCAGUCCAAAGCCAACCAGGAGGAGUUUGAGGCAAGCUCGGAGUACAGCGACCGGUUGCCACUCGGGGCUGAGGCGGUUGAUAUCGCCCAGGAAAUUAAUGGGAACUAUAGGCAGACAGAACGUUGACCUUUCUCUCCCCUCCUCCCCAUCCCUUCCACCUCCUCAAUUCCCGCCUGGCCCCUAACCUCGGACUUGGGGAACCAAAAGAAAAAGGGGUGGGGGUGGGGACAAAAACACAAUCUAAAGCAUUUCACGUUAGCGGUAUAAAUAAGUUUGCCCGGGUAUACUGACCUAAAACUCUCGGCGUGCAGUCGAAAAGCGGGGAAUAGAGUUCCUCCCUUUUUCCCACUUGGAUGUCCCCUCCACCCUAUCCCGAGAGGCUGAGCCUCCGCACCCGGGAACCCCUCUGAUUGCACCAUCCUUCUCCAUCUCAUUUCUAGCUUUUUUCCUUCUGAAGCAGGUGGGUUUAUGCCCCGAAGACCCUUUUAAAAUAAAAAAAAAAGCAACAACACUCAUAUUCCUUUUCUUCCUUUCUAGGCUUAGAAGGGAACAAAUCUAACUUCCUGUUCCCCUCCUUCCAUCUCCAUCUCAAUCUUUUGUAAUACAAAGAAACGGAAAGGGGCUUGGAGACUAGGACAAAUUACAGCUCACCACUUCUUUGGAUUUUAAGAUUUGUGUUAUUUUUUAAAAAAUGAAAAUCAUGACACUAUUGGGUCUGGUGCUAAAAUCCCGCUUCCCAGCCUGAUGGGAAAUAAGGGUCAUUUAUUCAUUCAUUACCUGCGUCCCUCUUUUCACUAUUUCCCCCCAUCCUUGCCCCCUCUCUCUUUCUUCUUUCUUUCCCUUAAAACCGGAACUCUACUCAAUCACGUCCCCCUCUCCAAGAAGGUGUAAGUGAGCCCCCAUUGUAUAUUUCGUUAACUUGUCUUUGGGUUUCAGGAGGCCUCCGCGCUGGACAGAGCCAGUACCUGCAGUACAUAGUCGCCCCAACUCAGGAGACAGCUCAAAAGAUCCCCGAGCAAAGGGCUAUUGGGAAUACAAAAAACAAUGAGUUUAGAAAAGGCCCCCCAGAACACCCUCUUCCCGCUCGCGUCCCCUAACCUGGGAAUCAACUAGAUGUGAAUUAGACUCUCAAACGGAGGCCAGGACUCGGAAGGUGAAUUGUAGAGGUUAAAGGUAUAUGUCUUUGUACUUGUGGCUUGAACUAAUCUUAAACCGUGAGUGCUUUAAAUUUAUUCGGCACAAAAUAUCUGUAUAUAGAAAUGGUUCAAGGACAGAGAAACGAAUCUGUUCUUUUGUGGAUCUCGGCAUCCCGCCCCACUUUCCUCCCCCCCCCCCAUCCCUCUGAAUGGAUAUGGUAUUCCCUACCGAAAACCGUAUUUGAGAAAUGUGUAUUCCUAGGCUAGUGUGAUUUCUAGAAACAAAAGUAUGUGGUCCUGUUCAUUGUAAACCUGUAGUCUUAGCUGGGGCUGGGAGGGGGGAGGGAGGGAAGAAGAAGAGGAAGAAGACUCAGUCGCAGAGACUAUCCGGGUGUAGCUCAGUCCUGUCGGUCCUCUGCCUCCAAAGCUCUCCCCGGUCUUGCUUUCCUGUUUUUCUUAAAAGGAAGAAUUGGAUAUCUUAAAGUUUAUUGGGAGAGUGGGGUAAUAUUGUUGUGUUUGUUUGUUUUGGAGAGCGGCUGUUUUUCUCCGUCCUUGAGGCAAAUUUCAACUACCACCCCUAUAGCCCAUCUCUGCUCAGGUUCUUUCUCUGGGGUCGUUCCCGGAAGGACCGUAGAGUACAAUCAAAUCCCCCUCCCCCUUCCCUUUCCAUCGAACCAUCAAAUCAGCGACCUUUUUCCUAAAGCGCUUCUGUGUGUAGUCAAUAAAAGAAAUAGAUUCAAAA